AUGGUUGUUCUUUGGUGCGUCCUAAUGAAGAGACGUUUGUUCAACAGUGGACGUCUCCCGGCUGGUGAUCUACCUCUGUUGGAUCCUGGCUUUCAUUUCUUCAUCUGUCGCUCGCGCUGGCUCGAAUGGCAGCCCUACGCAUCCGCGGCGCGGCCGCUCCAAUACGCGCGGACAGGUGCGAGCGGCUGCCGCGCGUUUCAUACAAAACCAACGUUUCACAUA